GGUUCAAGAGGAAGGUCUCGUCAUGUUUGGGCAGAGAGAAGCCAGAUUCUGGUUCUGGAGAGUUCCGUCUCAUUAGCGUACAGGGCCGAUAGGCGGAGCCUAUGGUGCAUUCAUUAAAAUGUUUUCAGUGGGCCAGUGGGCCAGGCCACUGCAGAAACCUUGUUCGAAUGUAUCUCCUCCCCCACUGGUAAAUAUUAUUGUUGCUCAAAUACUGACUUUCCUGAGGGAUCUGACUCAGAGUAUAACUAACACACACACAUUCACUUACACACACACUUCAGCCCCACUUUGAAAUACGCCUGGAUUGACAGGACAAGUUCAGUUGCUAUAUUGAGGUAUCGUUGUCAACCGUCUUGGGGGAAAAGACGGAAGGUUACCGCAUGUGAAAGUAUAGCUUUGUGGGCCAAUGAUGAACAACAGAGUCGUGCGCGUGUUGUGCCUUCUUCUUCUGGCACAUUCCGCCUUCCAGCAAACCAGCGAAAACACGUCCAGCUUGAGGAAGAAGAACGAAAACAGAGACGCCAGCAAUGCUGCCAUCGAGGAGCUAAAGAAGCAGAUAGAAGACAUUGUCCUCGACCUGAACCUGCUGAAAGAACAGCAAGCUUUACAAACAGUUUGCCUGAAAGGAACCAAGGUCCUUGGUAAGUGUUUCCUGGCAGAUCCAGUGAAGAAGACGCACCACGCUGCUAGCGAUGACUGCAUCGCUAAGGGCGGGACCCUGAGUGCCCCGCUGAGCGGAGAGGAGAACGACCAGCUGAGCGACUACGUCCGCCGCAGAAUCGGCCCCAACCAGCACGUCUGGCUGGGAGUCAACGACAUGGUAACGGAGGGCGACUGGGUGGACCAGUCUGGCAGCGCGCUGCGCUUCAAGAACUGGGAGACGGAGAUCACCCUGCAGCCGGACGGGGGGCGCAGCCAGGACUGCGCCAUCCUCUCCGUCUCCGCCAACGGGAAGUGGUUUGACGAGAGCUGCCGCGGCGAGAGGGCCUCUGUCUGCGAGUUCAACAUCGUCUAGACGCUUCCCAGACGGGCCGACACCCUGAGGUGCAGUCAGGCUGAGUGGCAGACAGGAGGACCCAUCAGCUUGCUGUCAUUGUGCUUAUCCUGUAUCCUGCUCACCAUUACAGUUUCUGCUAUCUGCUGUAUCAUGCAGAGACAAGACCAGGUUGUGGAGUAGGAUGUGUCUGAAAGUCUGGAGAGUUUAAGUUAUGAUAUCUGUAUGAUCUAACAACACCCUGCUGUCAGAUCAGUGAGUCGUGAGGACAACUAAUGUUCUUGUGUAUUCUUAAACUUCUGGCCUGACAUCAUGUACCCUCUUCUGAUGAAUGAAAUAAAACCUUUAAAUGCCA